AUGGCAGGCUCUCUCGCCUCAGCCAGGCACACACCAGUGUCGCUGGCUGACAGCAGCCGCACACCUCCACCGGUGCCGCCCUCCCGGCGCAAGGGCGGUGCAGGCCCACCACAGCCACCACGGCGCAUGAAGCAUACCCUACGGCAGCCCAUAUCGCUCUCGGAUGACGAGGACACCCGGCGUCCGCAGCACCACAAGAGGGCGCUGAACAACAAGAAGCACGCACACCAUGAGGGAUCCCGGCGGCGGUGGCGCGAAGAGAUUACGGAGCGCGAAAAGAAGCGGUACGAGGCCGUGUGGGCAUCCAACCGCGGCUUGUUCCUCGUGCAGGCGGCCACCACCAACAACACCACCCAGCAGCAGCCCGUCCGCAAUGAGAGCUACGAGGAGCUGUCGGGGUACGUGGCCAACGUGGUGGUGAGGGACAUCUGGGCGCGGAGCAGGCUGCCGGCUGCCGAGCUCGCCGAGGUCUGGGACCUGGUGUACGGUCAACAGGGGCAGGCCAAGGUGCACGCGGCGCUGGACAAGAGGGAGUUUGUGGUGGGCAUGUGGCUGAUCGACCAGCGGCUGCGGGGCAGGAAGAUCCCGCCGAGGGUGAGCGACAGCGUGUGGGACAGCGCCAAGGGGUUGAGGGUGCUGGACCCUGGCGGUGUUGGGACCCACGGCCACGGGCAGAAGGGAAAGGGGAGAUGAAGAUGAUGAAGAGUGUUGGGAGGAGCAAGAAGGAGCAAGGAGAAGGAAAGGAAACGAAGAGAGAGAGAGAG